UCAUCUUUGGUUGAACUUCACAGGCGCUGAACAAGGCCAAGUAUGGCCCAAUGUGGUCGACUCAGGUCGGCCAGGACUACCUCGUGAACCUGGCCAGUCCCCCGCUGCUGGAGCAGGUGAUGAGGCAGGAGGGCAAGUACCCAACGCGCGAUAAAAUGGAGCUGUGGAAAGAACACCGGAUCCAGCAAGGCGUGGCCUAUGGGCCCUUUACCACGGAGGGCCACGAGUGGUACCAGCUGCGCCAAGCUCUGAACCAGCGGAUGCUGAAGCCAGCAGAGGCUGCGCUUUACACGGACGUACUGAAUGAGGUGAUCGAUGACUUUUUGGUCCGGCUGGAGCAGCUACGGAUCAGUAGUGCCUCUGGGACCCAAGUGACGGACAUAGCGCACCAACUCUAUAACUUUGCCCUGGAAGCCAUUUGCUACAUCCUGUUUGAGAAACGCGUGGGCUGCUUGGGUCAGUCCAUUCCCCAGGACACCACAACCUUCAUCCAAUCUGUGCAGCAAAUGUUCCGCUACUCAGUUUAUACCACCUUCCUCCCCAAAUGGACUCGUUCUGUGCUGCCCUUCUGGAAAUGGUACAUGGAAGGCUGGAACAACAUCUUUGAUUUUGGGAAGAUGCUGAUUGAUCAGAAAAUCAAAGAGACAACAGCCAAACUGCAGGCCUCAGGUCCAGAUGGGGUGCAGAUAUCUGGCUAUUUGCACUUUCUGUUGAGCAGCGACCUCCUCAGCCCUGUGGAGGCCAUAGGCAGCUUUCCAGAGCUAAUCCUGGCUGGUGUAGACACGACAUCAAACACACUGACCUGGGCCCUGUACCACCUCUCCAAGGAUCCUGAGCUGCAGGCAGCCUUGCAUAAGGAGGUGGUGGGUGUGGUGCCAGCAGGCCAAAAGCCUCAGCACAAGGACUUCGCCCGUAUGCCCCUGCUUAAGGCUGUGUUUAAGGAGACCCUACGCCUCUACCCAGUGGUUCCCAUUAACUCCCGCAUCAUCACAGAAAAGGAUAUAGAAGUUGGUGGUUUCUUCUGUCCCAAGAAUACCCAUUUUGUUUUCUGCCACUACGUGGUGUCCCGGGACGAGAGUGUCUUCCCAGAGCCAAACAACUUCCAACCACAGCGCUGGCUAAAGGACAGUCACUCAAAGAAACCUGGGGUGCUCCAUGCCUUUGGCUCCUUGCCCUUUGGCUAUGGGGUCCGGUCCUGCCUGGGCCGCAGGCUGGCGGAACUGGAGAUGCAGUUGGUGCUGUCCAGGCUGAUUCAGCAGUACAAGAUAGUCCUGGCCCCUGAGACUGGGGAGGUGAAGGAGAUGUCCCGGAUAGUUAUGGUUCCCAGUAAGAAGGUGAGCCUGCACUUGCUGCAGCGACAGCCCUGAGACACCUGAUCCUGGCCUUCCUUUCUGUCCCACAUCAUCCUUUCCCCUCUGAAGACCCAUUGGUCUUCCUGUGGAGAUCUUCGUGGACGAAGAAUUAAAGCACUUUUGUUGAGAA